CCAAGUCAACGAAAUAUUUUUUUUUAAAUUUCUUUCUAACAACGAAAUUCUUACAGAAAUUUGAAAUGUUGAAAUAAAGUACUAAGUUUCCAAAAGCUUCAAAUCUAGUGUACACAGCAUUUACAAAUGACCUGAUAAAAAGUUGUAAACUAACAGGUUAUCGUUAUAAAUAAACGCACAAAUUACCAAUGGCACCGCACCAGCACCAGCAGCGCAAACCUUGGCGCAAGAACCUGUACGAAAAUGCCGACUACGAGGACAACUACACGGAUCCGAGCUUCCUGCAGGAGCUGAAAACCAACGCCAACCUACAGACGUACACCCUUCCGGAAGCAUUCCUGGGCGCCACCCGGCUGAGCCAGCAAAUUUCCAUCGUCGCCAGUUUUCUGAUCGUGUUCCACUAUCUGUACACGGACACCCUCAAACCGCAAAGCAUUCUCGGGCAGGCCAUCUUCGGAACCGUCGCCGGUUAUCUCAUCUAUGCCGGCCGAAGUCUCCGGCUUGGCACCGUCAUAGAGGACUUUAAAACGGCCGCAGCCGUGCUGGUGUUUGGCUACAUCUUCUCCCCGCUGCUGCACACCCUCACGGACAGUGUCAGCACGGACACGAUCUUCUCGAUGACCUUCCUGGUGCUGAUGCUCCACCUGAUCUUCUACGAUUACGGCGUUCCGGCGGCCAUCGUCUCCAAAGCGAUUUCCCUCAACGCCGCCAUCUUCGGUGCGAUCUGCCUGGCCUCGCGACUGUCCUCGCCGUUUCACGCCUUUGUUCUGCUGGAAGUGGCCGCCGUUUACUUUGCCCUGGGGCCGAUCCUGUUGGCAAAGAUCCGCAGUGUUCCGCUGCUAGUGGCCACCGUUGGUGUGUGCUGUUACCUGCUGCUGCAACUCUCGAUGACCAUCUUUUGGACGUACGUUUGCGUGUUGGCGUUCGUGAACGGAUUCUGUCCGCUGCUGUUUGUGCGGUUGCAGCGGCACAAGAACAACAUUCACGGACCGUGGGACGAAGCGAUCGUCAGUGACUUCCGGGAGGAGAAUGGUAGCGCUAGCAGUAUUUGACGUGUCAGGAGUGUUCUAGUCUUUUAGUUAAAAUAAAAAUAUAGAAGCAUAACGUCUCAAUAUUAUUU